CUCUCUAAAAUUCUUGAGACAUUUCCAUUUUGUUACUUUAGUACUGUUUAAUGAAGUGCUUUAUUUUGUUAAUAGUAUAUUAUAGAGAGAUAAACAUGGGGUGGUAAGUUAAUUAUAGCCUUCCUUUUUUGACUUCCCACUCCUCAACCCUAUUAAUUAAUAAAUAAAUUAAAAGCUUAAAGCUUAUUUUUCUUUUUCUAUAAAGAUGAAUAUCACUUUUGGCAGUGGAUAUGGAAAAUUGAAGAAAAAGGUUGGUUCUGCUUAAAAAAUUCCAAAAAUAAAAUGAAGAAAAAAAAACCUUUUUGUAGGAGGGUAAAAGGAAGAGUACUUGAAAAUUCCAGAAGCAAAUGUCCACAUAAUAGGCUAAAAUGAAUAUCUUGCAGAAUGUCACUGAUUCAGUAGAGAGAAAGCUAGCUCAUGAAUAUUAAGGGAAGAUGUAACUCCGGUUGCAUUUUCAUGUAUUUUUCCGCAAUAUAAAAGUUUGCAGCGUAACGUAAUCGUGGCUGACUUAUUAAUUACCUUACACUUUUUAUGAAUUUUCAUGUGAGAGUUGCAUCUUGGAUCUAAGAAAAAGGUGACUCAGAUGCAUUCUAUUUGGUAGAGAAACAUGAAAUUGAUGAGUGUCUUGCCACAAACACUGGUUUUUGCUUUACUAAUAUCUGUCUGUGAAAGGACAGACAAUACUCCAUGUCAGCCUUCAACAACAGCAAAUGAAUGAACAGUGAGCAUGGCCUAGCACUAACAUCAUUUCCUCAAUAAAUUAAAAUAACCAUUUAGUGCAUUUUAUUCUUCAGCUAUUAAUUUGUUUCUCUUAUAUUCAUUAUUAUUUUUUAUUUCUAUAAGAUUUGAAGCAAACCUCAAACAAACCAUGAAGAUAGGAUGGUUUUAUCAAGUAAUUAAUGAUGUAAUGUUGCACUAAUUCUUGAUGAAUAAAAUUGAGAAGAAAAGAGAAACAAAGGUAAAAAGUUGGGUUCCAAUUCUUGAUUCCUAUAUACUUAAUGGGGAAGAAGAGAAAUAAUUGAGAGGACCAUCGCAGUGGACCACUCCAAGUUUCAACUGAAAAAAAAAAAAAAAAAAAAGAAAGAAAGAAAAAGCAUACACUAGUAUAUGUAUCAAAUUCUUUAGAGACACAACACACCACAAUGAAAGUGACUUAUCAAUAAUAUUUGCUUUCUGCACUACUAGUAGUUUUUUAUUGCUUUCUCUCGGAUCUUCAGAAUCAUUGUCUGAAACAUACCAGUGUAGUGUAUCCUCAUAUCUAUGGAAAAAUUAAAGUGAUUGCUGAGUGUAUUAGUAGAGUACAUUCUCGUUUUGGAUGUACAUAUACAGUUAUGUAGACUGUAAAAAUUCUAUAAUGAUUGGCUUGCCUAUUAGUUAAUUCCAAACUCCCAACAUGCUUAUUCCUUUACCACCCAUCAGUGAAAGUAAUCAUGUAUGUUUAUGCAUGCACAAUGCAUUUUCUGCUAUGGUCCUGCUUCUUUCCUCAUUUCUUAUAGGAUGAAACAAACAUGUGUCCUUCUAAUGAAAGCAAUUAUGUUUGAGGCGGUCAACAAAUUACGACCUAUUUUUGAAAAACUAACAUAAAAACUAAUAUGCUAGCAUUUGUUUAUACAAGAAAAAAAAAUCAACUAGAAAAAUUUACAGGCUAGAGAUAAAGUUUCUGGAAGGAUUUUAUGACUAAGGUCAACAUUUUAACUCAAUUAUUACCACUUUCCUGUUUUCCUCAGCUCCCUUUUUUCCAUGUUUUUUCUUUUUUGAAAAAAAGGAGACACAACAUUCAAUAUGUUUUAUUAGUAACGUAUGUUUGUCUCCCAACACUUAUUUCAAUUCACAUUGUUGUUAGUUCAGUUUGUUGUUACAUAUUUCAUCAGGAACAGACACAUGAGGCAGAAAAAAAAUUUGAAGCCUGAUGUUACUCCCAAAGGUACUACUACUAGAGAGUAGAGACAAGUGUGCAGUGUGUGACAUCUAGCAAAGUUCUCUAAGAAGUGCUGUCAUCUGGGAAUGAUGGCAUAAACUGGAAUUUCUUGUUUUUUUCUUUGGUCCAUUGAUGAAGUGACGACAUCAUCUUCUAUGAAUUAAAGAGCUUUCAUAUUUAUAUACAAAUCAAUGAAGUUGACUAUUGCAAAAUAAACCCAACUUCAGGCACUGAAGUCGAGUCGAGUUUUUUUUUUUUUUGUCCGUUUGGUAUAAAAAACAACAAACAAAAAUGAAGUUCAUGAAACUUGGGACAAGGCCAGAUACUUUCUACACUGAACAAGCUACCAGGACAUUGACAUCAGAGAUACCCUCAGACCUUGUAAUACAAAUCAAUGAUGUAACUUAUCUGCUACACAAGUUUGCCCUUCUUCCAAAAUGUGGACUCCUACAAAGGCUUUGCUAUGAUUCUAGUGAUUCAGAGAGUUUUACUGUGGAGCUUCAUGAUAUACCUGGAGGGGAAGAUGCUUUUGAACUCUGUGCUAAGUUUUGUUAUGGAAUUUCAAUCAACAUUAGUGCUCAUAACUUUGUAUCUGCAUUCUGUGCUGCGAAGUUCCUUAGAAUGAAUGACGCUAUUGAGAAGGGAAACUUUGUAGGAAAGCUUGAGUCUUUCUUCAAUUCAUGCAUUCUUGAAAGUUGGAAGGAUCCUAUUGCAACCCUUCAAACUACUGCUACAUUACCAGAGUGGUCUGAGAAUCUUGGUAUUGUCAGAAAGUGCAUUGAUUCAAUCAUUGAGAAAAUUCUCACACCCUCGCAACAGGUGAAAUGGUCCUUCACCUACACCAGACCCGGUUACACAAAAAAACAGCACCAUUCUGUCCCAAAGGAUUGGUGGACUGAGGAUGUUUCUGAUCUUGACAUAGAUCUUUUCAGGUGCAUAAUAAUGGCUAUUCGAUCAACGUAUGUGCUUCCACCACAGCUUAUUGGUGAAGCUUUGCAUGUCUAUGCAUGCCGGUGGUUACCGGGAAUCACGAAGCUUAAUAAAAGCUCAGGCAGUUCAGCAUCUCAGACAGAAGAAUCUAAGCUGAAAAACAGAAAAAUUAUUGAAACAAUUGUAAGCAUGAUUCCUGCAGACAGAGGGUCUGUUUCAGUUGGCUUCUUGUUUAGACUUCUCAGCAUUUCAAUUCAUUUGAAUGCCUCAUCAGUGAUAAAGACAGAACUAAUAAGGAGAGCAAGCUUACAGUUUGAGGAGGCAACAGUGAGUGACCUUCUUUACCCUUCAAAAUCCUCUUCAGACCAGAAUUAUUAUGAUAUAGAGUUAGUUCUAGCAGUGUUGGAAACUUUCUUGAAGCUUUGGAAAAGAAUGUCCCCUGGUGCUGUGGAUAACAGCUACUUUUUGAGAUCAAUCAGAAAUGUAGGCAAACUCAUAGACUCCUAUCUUCAAGUGGUUGCUAGAGAUGAUAAUAUGCAAGUUUCAAAGUUUGUUUCUCUUGCUGAAACCGUGCCGAGCAUUGCACGAGUAGACCACAACAAUCUAUACAAGGCAAUUGACAUCUAUCUUAAGGUGCAUCCUGAUCUGAGUAAGGCAGAUAAGAAGAGACUGUGUGGGAUUCUAGACUGCCAAAAACUGACACCAGAAGUACGUGGCCAUGCCGUCAAAAACGAGCUUCUGCCAUUAAGAACUGUAGUGCAGCUUCUCUACUUUGAACAGGAGAAAGGGUCUAUGGCAAACACCAGUCACAAACUGCUAAAACAACAUGAGAUAAUUCUAGGAGCAAAACAAAGAACAACUACAAAAGAUAGCCAAAGCAAACAAUCUUUAGGACAAGAGUUUAAUGGAGAUGUCACAAGAACCACUCAAAUUCUUGAAAGUAGAGAAAAGGAUCACCACAGACAUAAAAGAUUGGAUGCAAAUUUAGCAUUAGACUUGGAAAAAAAGAUAGCAAUAAGAGGAAGAGACAUUGAAGAGACAGAGUCAGAAAGGGUGAGAGGAGUCAAAGAUGAAAGUAGUUCGAGCUACAAGUUGGAAGUUGUUGAUCCUAAAAAAAUCAUAAGAAGGGCAAGAAGUAAAUCAGAACAUAGCAUGAAAAAGGCAGAUAGAGAUAAAUAAUUAUUAAUCUUUGAAGAAUUCAAAGAAAAUCACAGUUCAAACCACCUCCCUUAUAUGCAGUUUGUAGCUUCAAUUCUUAUUUUUUUACCUUUUCACAGAUGUAAUAACUAAAUAAUCCCUGUACUGUCUCUCCUGUGAAGUUGUAACUAGGGAUUUUUUAUUUUGAAUUAAUUUUUUUUUCAUUGUUCAUGUUUGAGAGGAAGAAAGAUAGACAAUAUGUAUUGCUAGAGGACAUAUCAAUUGCAUAGGUAAUUUCAUA